CCUCUUUGUCCAUCCCAACCGUACGCCCACUCACCAAAUUUCGACGAGAAGUCGAUGGCGCAGCCGGAGGACUAUUGAAAGCGUCGGAGUAGCACGCUGGGGAGUCAAUUCAACAACAACAACUUCCGAAAGGAGGUGUCGAGAAGCAUUGUCUGACAACUUGCGACAACUUGCGAAUUUUCUUCUCGUCUCCAAUUUCGACAGGCUGUGUGGCCAAGAGAGAAACUAUCGGAAGUCGUGUUUUGGACAGUGGUGUGGCGUUUCGUUGCUGCAGGUUCUCAGCUUCGGACGACGAUGAACUCUUUCGAGAAGACGAAGGCAAUGGACGUUCCGAAGGCCAGGAAGGGGACGCUCGCAAUGUUGCGCGCGGCAGCGUUGGCCUCUCAAGCAUCCAUAGCGUCGGGGUCGGCGUACUCCUUCAGUGGAGGAGACGGCAGUUGGAAAAAGCCGGCGUCAGCGUCGUCCUUUUCCUCGUCUUCCUAUCCGGUCGUUGCAGAUGGGGGACGCGUGAGCAAGGGAUUCUCGCACCUAGAGCUGCAGACUUCGUUGGCGCGCAGUGGUUCUCUCUCGGAUGAGGAGGUCAUGGGACCCGAAAGCCCCUCUGUGGGCGAGAGGUUGGUGUGGUGGAUGAUGUUCCCUCCUGGGGGCAAUUGAGAGUCCAUCCUGGGGGCAAUUAAGCCUGAGGGCGACAUACAUAUUACAUAUACGUAUGUAUGUAUGAAGUGCACGACAGGGUUACUAUUUCUGUCGGGGCUUGUCGUCGUCGUUGCGACGUUUUGGUUGAUUGAGCGGUCCGCCUUUGCUCUGAUAGGAUGUGCAUGUCGCUCGUCCAUCCUGAUGUACACCCGUAUAGGACCCGAGCGAAGCGUGAGGGGAAUGAAGACUUUCCUGCGUUCCGCUUUCGUGAGUGGGUGGUGUGUAUGCGCCAUGUGGCGUAAUACGUGUACGUGUGCAGGCUUGUCAAAUAGCUUUCGCUUGUCGGUUGAGGGUUGGAUGGGAGAAAGGUGGUGGUCGCAGAUACGGAUGGGGGCGGCGAUGGCCGGGGUCUGCAUUCGGGAUCCCGACGACGUUGUUUCUGCUGAAGCGUGAGGACGAGAAGACCUCGUCGACCGGCUUUCGUGCGUUGGUGGUGUGUAUGCGCCAUGCGGCAUAAAUAUGUGGCCCGGAGUGACGUUUGCGGCGGCCGAGAAGAGGAUGGAUGUAACCUCUGCCCUGUGCUGAGGCUCUCGGGCCUUCAAGUUGGUCGCGGAGCCCCGGCUGAGUCCGGCCCCCGCAAAGAAUGAGGAGCUCAAGUUGUGCCCCUGCAACUCGCGUGGGUGGGAAAGCGUGGUGAGGUCGUCGAGGUGAGAAAUUGUCAAUGGAUAAGGGACAACCGUGAUGGUGAUACAUGUCAGCUUGGCCAUCCUGGAUAUGGCGAACACGAGAGGAAACGCUUCUGUCAUCUUGUUUGCGUCCCUGCUCGUUGCUCGCGAGGUCGAGGGAUGUACUUACUGGGUGUGAGUGUGAAGGCUCUCCGCGUGUCCCACCUUGUCUCGGUUCUUGCGUGAGUUAGAGAGGAAACGCGGGAGCGUUAUCUAUCUGCGUAGUAGAAGCGUUGUCUUUGUGUUUGCGAGGAGUUUCGCAUGCUUGAGAUGGAGUUUCAAAUUUUCAUCGUGUGAAGACUCUGUACAUCAAGAGGGUGGAGGUGUGCGAGGCGCAGUCGUGUAUUGAAAAGUUGUAUUCUUUUGUGGUCCGACGAAAUGCGUUCGACGAGCCGCGCGGCGCAUUUCAGUUUGAAAUGGGCGGGAUGGACGCUCAGGACGGGCGGGCUUGUUUCCUGCGUGUAGGUGUAUGUAUAUGUGAGAGAAGUAGACAGGUGAGGGUGUUAGAAAUGGGAGACUUUGUGUGAAAGUGGGUUUCUUUCUAAAAUUUCGAUAUCCAGAUUUGGGCACUUCUUAUUUUUCGAAGGAUGGAGGUGGGAGAGAGUGUGUGAAAAUGGGUUUCGUGAAUUUCUAUAGUCCGAGUUGCGCGCUUUCUUAUCCGAAAGCUGGAAGGCGUCCGGCAUUCUUCGUGCCAAUGACACGCCUGUAUCUUGGAAGAAGGCAGUAGAAGAGCAGCUCCAGUGCGUUCGUUUCCUUUGGUAUUUUAAACCCAUCUUUGCGACUUUCGCUACCCAGACGACGACCGGUCGUUGGAGCAGAGGAGGGAACGGGAGCAUGAAAUUUGGCAUUUUGUGUCAACCAAUAAUGAAUAAUAACAAGUGCCACCUCAGGCCAGUUCGUGUCCAGCCUGGAAUUAUCGCCGUUAUUCGACGUUAAAUGUGGACGCUGGGGUUCCGGAUGGGCAUACACUGAGAGCGAGCGAGCGAGCGAGAGAGAGAGAGAGAGAGAGAGAGAGAGAGAGAGAGAGAGAGAGAGAGAGAGAGAGAGAGAGAGAGAGAAGACUGUUCGUCGCGUUGACGCGCUCAAAACAAGUCACGGUUUGAGCGAGAGCGCGAGUCAAUGGGGGGAGGGGGGAGCUCUUUUCUCGCGGGAGGUUUCUUUGCCUCCUCCUCCUUUUCUGAGAUUGGUGGAGGGCGGAUUUUUCGGUUGUUCGGGGACUUGCUUUGCCCAGAGGGCGUCUCCACGGAAUUAGUGCACGACACGUGUGUAUAUUGUGUUGGAUUUGUGAAGGCAGGCCUUGAUCAUGGAACGAAGACCGGUCCACUGUUCAUAAGGCUUCGGAGGUCUCUGUGAAGAAGACUUGUUUCUUUCUCUCGCUCUGCGAAAGAGUGUGCGGGGCGGAGGUGCGUGUAAAGGUUGUCGUGCGGUGGGGCGUGAUGAUGGGCGGGGCGUAUUCGCACAAGCCGGAGGGUGUGGUGGAGGGUAAUGUCGCAAGAAGGCGACGAGUGAGCGAUGAUUUCUUCGAAUCCGGUAUGUACUUUUAUGUGAGGGUGGAGUAGACAGAAGGGGAAUGAGGAGGAUGGGGAGAAGAUCCGAAGCGCGAGGGUGUUUCAGCCUUCAGGCGUUUGAAGGCGGGCGGGAGGGUGUUGUUCACGUGUUUGAUGAUUGCGAUUAUUGCCUUAUGCCUCUUAUAUCAGUACGCGUCGGCUUCUCAUGACUGGUUCUUCCUGCAACAGCAUUUGAUUGUGUUUUUUUUUUGGUUUUGAAUCUUGUCAGAGGCUGUUUUUCUGUUUGAGGGUUGUUUUUAUUCUUGGAGGCCUUUUCGUUUUGUUGGAGGCAUUUGAUACUUUUCCGGACUCCUUUCUUCUUCUUUUUUUUUUUUUUUUUUUUUCGCGAAGAGAAGUAACCAACUUUCGAACGUUGGUUGUUGCGACUUUGGAAGUGGAAAAAACAGCGUGUAAAGCUUCCACGUUGGCAAAAAAGAAACUCGAGACGUUGGUUCUCUGCUCCGUGAACGCAUGAUGAAUUGUAGUUAUGAAGUCUCAAUUUGGGACGAGGGAAAAUGUGAAAAGAGUCGGGGCAGCGCGCAGCACGCCUGGUGCUCUCUGGGGAAACAACCCCCAGGUCAUCAGGCCUGCUGAGCUCUGCGGCUUUGCUCCAUUCUCCGGGAGCAAGGUAUUCCCUGCGCGGAUUGGGAGAUGCUGGCCGUUGGCAAACGACGGUGAUCAACGGCUAGGGCAAUCAACGUCUACGGCGGUCAAUGGCUAUCAAUGUCUAAUCCGUGCUCCAGCAUCUUCCCCGAACAGAAGGCAUGAUCAUUAUCAUAGCUGUAUUUGGGGUAACUUUCGGUCUAGACGCAGGCAAUAAUGACCGUGUAUUCUAUUUGAGAGCAGUGGGACCUAGUAGCCUCUGUUGUGAGUGCCGUUCUCAUGUUUUGCACCGGUCGUGGUUUUGUUCUCGUGCAGUUUCUCUCAUGAUAGGAAUGAUACUCUGCGCUCGGUUUUGUUCGUUUCUGUUAGUCUGUGAGCGUAAUACCUUUGUGAUUUUCGGAAGUCAAUUUUUUUGUGCUACACUGCCAUAUAUAUUUCCUGGGAUAACAUAUGCUGUC